AAGCAAGAGAAGAAGACCAAGCUCUUGGUCGACGAUCGAACCACACCUCUACCUUCCAUCACUACAUGCACCUCGACGAAGCAUGCUUUCGACCGGCGGUGUGCGAAUGAACCCCUUCCUGCAAGCGACGACGACCGUCGUCAAGCCCGUGCUUGCGUCGCCAACCGCGCGACCACCCACCGAGAAGGUGCGCCGGUCGUCGUCGGCGCCCGUGGAUUCGGACGGUGCGCUCUCGGACACGGACCGCCGCGUCCAGCGCGCUGUCAACUCGAUCCGGUCCAGUCUCAACGAGAUCUACACCGACUUGCAUGCCAACGUCGUCGACGAGCCGACGACCGACGUCGACGACGGCGGCUGGGGCUGGUUCGAAGACAUUGACGAAGACAACCAGCUUCAAGCCAACAGUGUUGCGCCGUUCGGGGCCAGCGACCUCCAGUCGCUCUUGUACUCUGGUGGCAUUGACGGCAAGCGCGACGUCUUCAAGACGUUCGAGCCGCUUUCGAGCCUUCUGUAUGAGACACCGUUUGGCGAGUGCGCGUUUCCGUGGAUGCGCCUCUUGAGCCCGCACCGCCCGCUCGGCGCCAAGAUCACGCUCCGCAGCUUCCGCAUCGUCGAGAUGCCGGACGGCAGCGACCGCCACGCCGAGUACUGCAUCCAGUACUGCCUCGGCGACGCGACCCACACGGUCUGGAAGCGCUACGCGGCAUUCAAGCGCUUCGUCAACACGCUCAAGAUCAACGGCAACCGCCGCAGCCUCCGUGCCUGGAAGGACGUGCUCGACCGCUCGUCGUGGUUCCGGUCGCUCGACAUCAAGUAUUUGCACCAAAUGUGCUGCCUCCUCGAGACCUUUGUCCAAGUGCUUUUGCUCGAAGCGCCGACGCCGUACCACGUCGCGCGCCUCCUCGCGGCCGAGUAGAGCCUUCCCAUAGUGUAGAUCCCAAUUUAGUAGUUAUUUAGUAAUUUAAGCUUUUAGUUAUAGCAAGGACUUGGUCAACC